ACAGUGAAGCGGAGGCAGAGCGGCUCCGCGAGCUCCUCUCCACUUUCCCAUAGAGAAACCCUGACUGGCCGCUGAGGGCGAACCACACACACGCCCUCACACUCGGUCAGCCCGCGAGGUCACUAUCAUAUGACAAAGGCUUUGCCGCAGUUCAUCUUCUUCCCUGUGUACUUUCCAUUUGCCUUCCCCAAAUCCUGCUGCAUCACAGAAGCUGGAAGUUCUGAUGUCCCUUUGAAAUCACAAUGGAAAGUCUUGACUUGACUGGUCACAGUAAUGAAAGGCAGUAAUAGAAAUAAAGAUCAUUCAGCAGAAGGAGAAGGGCCUGGAAAACGACCAAAACGAAAGUGUCUUCAGUGGCAUCCAUUACUAGCAAAGAAACUUCUUGACUUUUCAGAGGAGGAGGAAGAGGAAGACGAAGAGGAGGAUAUUGAUAAAGUUCAACUUCUUGGGGCCGAUGGCCUAGAGCAAGAUGUUGGUGAGACUGAAGAUGAUGAAUCACCAGAACAGCGAGCCCGGAGACCAAUGAAUGCAUUUCUCUUAUUUUGCAAACGCCAUCGCUCCCUUGUACGUCAGGAACACCCCAGGCUUGAUAACCGAGGUGCUACCAAGAUACUAGCUGAUUGGUGGGCUGUUCUUGAUCCAAAGGAAAAGCAGAAAUACACAGACAUGGCCAAGGAGUAUAAGGAUGCAUUUAUGAAAGCAAAUCCUGGGUACAAGUGGUGUCCUACAACAAACAAGCCUGUGAAAUCCCCAGCACCCACUGUUAAUCCACGAAAGAAACUAUGGGCCUUCCCAUCUGACUCUUCAAGAGACUUGCCAAGCCCCAAGAAAGCAAAGACUGAAGAAAUGCCUCAGCUUAACUUUGGAAUGGCUGAUCCUACUCAAAUGGGAGGCCUAAGCAUGCUGCUUUUAGCUGGAGAACAUGCUCUUAGCACACCAGAGGUAUCCUCGGGCACUUGCAGGCCUGAUGUUCCAGAAUCCCCUGAAUCUCGUCAGAAGUCACCAUUAUUUCAGUUUGCUGAGAUAUCUUCAAGUACAUCCCAGUCAGAUGCACCCUCAAAACAGUGUCAGGCAUCGGCCUUGUUUCAAUUUGCAGAGAUUUCUUCAAACACUUCACAGUUGGGUGGUGCUGAGCCUGUAAAACGCUGUGGAAAGUCUGCACUCUUCCAGCUGGCAGAGAUGUGCCUGGCAUCAGAGGGGGUGAAAAUAGAAGAAUCAAAGCUAAUAAAAGCAAAAGAACCAGAUGGUGGAAGAAUGAACGAACUGGAGAGGGGAAAAGAAGGAAGGGAAAUCACAGUGGAGAGAACAGAUGAAACCAGUUUACAGAAGGACACAGAAUUUGAAAAAUCGGCUAAGGAAAAUGUAAGAGAUUCUAAGGAAUUAAGAAAUUUUCAGGAGCUGCAAAUGGAUGAUAUAAUGGCUAUCAAAAUGGAAGAUCCCAAAGAAACAGAAAGGGAAGAACUAGAGGAAGAUCAAAAGUGUAGUCUUUUCCCUGAUUUUUCUUACUCUGCCAGUAGCAAGAUAAUAAUAAGUGAUGUUCCCAGUAGAAAGGAUCACAUGUGCCAUCCUCAUGGAAUUAUGAUCAUUGAGGAUCCCACAGCAUUAAACAAACCUGAAAAGCUGAAAAAGAAGAAGAAGAAAAGUAAAAUGGAUCGACAUGGAAGUGAUAAAUCCACACCCAAGAAGACUUGCAAAAAGAGGCAGUCUUCUGAGUCUGACAUUGAGAGUGUCAUAUAUACCAUUGAAGCCGUUGCAAAGGGAGACUGGGGCAUUGAGAAGCUUGGAGAAGCCCCUCGCAAGAAGGUCCGUACAUCCUCAAGUGGCAAGGGAAGCCUAUUGGAUGCCAAGCCACCAAAGAAAAAAGUGAAAUCAAGAGAGAAGAAAAUGUCAAAGGAGAAAUUCUCAGACACUACCAAAGAGUCAAGACCUCCAGAUUUCAUUAGUCUUUCUGCCAGCAAGAACAUUUCUGGUGAGGUGCCAGAGGGUAUAAAAGCAGAACCCUUGACCCCCACAGAGGAUGCACUUCCACCCAGCCUAUCAGGACAGACCAAGCCUGAGGACAGUGACUGUCACAGAAAAAUAGAGACUUGUGGCUCCAGGAAAUCUGAGAGGUCUUGCAAAGGUGCUCUUUAUAAAACCCUGGUGUCUGAGGGCAUGCUCACCUCUCUGCGAGCUAAUGUUGACAGAGGGAAACGAAGCUCAGGAAAAGGAAACUCCUCUGAUCAUGAAGGGUGUUGGAAUGAAGAAAGCUGGACAUUUAACCAGUGUGGGACCAGUGGGAGCAAAAAGUUCAAGAAGACCAAGACAAAGGAAGAUUCUCUCCUUGGCUCAGCAAAGCUGGAUGAAGAAUUUGAAAAAAAGUUUAACAGCCUUCCUCAAUAUAGUCCUGUUACAUUUGACCGGAAAUAUGUACCUGUCCCAAGAAAAAAGAAGAAAACGGGGAACGUGUCCUCAGAACCGACUAAAACCAGCAAAGGUCCAUUCCAGUCUCAGAAAAAGAACUUAUUCCACAAAAUUGUCAGCAAAUAUAAGCACAAAAAGGAGAAGCCUAAUGUUCCAGAAAAAGGAAGUGGGGAUAAAUGGUCAAACAAGCAACUCUUCUUUGAUGCCGUUCACCCUACAGAAGCCAUAUUUUCAGAAGACAAAAACACCACAGAGCCUGCUCAUAAGAUUAAAAAUGCUCCAUCCAUUCUCAACACUCCAGAGCCAACAACAGCGCAUGAACCUUUGGUGGGUAGCCAAAAGAGAAAAGCAAGGAAAACCAAGAUCACACACCUUGUCAGGACAGCAGAUGGCCGGGUAUCACCAGCAGGAGGUACUUUGGAUGACAAACCAAAGGAACAACUGCAGAGGAGUCUCCCUAAAGCAACUGACACAGACUGCAAUGAUGAAUGCUCACACAAUGCCGACGCGGUGGAGACGCGGAGCAGUACUCCAGACAUGCCUGCCGUGUCUGCAUUCUUUAGCCUUGCUGCACUGGCGGAGGUGGCAGCCAUGGAAAAUGUGCACAGAGGUCAGAGAGCAACUCCACUCACCCAUGACGGACAGCCAAAAGAAAUGCCACAAGCUCCUGUACUUAUUUCCUGCGCUGACCAGUGAAGCGCCCUUUCAUUGUAAAACAUUGUGCUUUACCUACUACCCUAGCCUUGUCUUUACCGAGGGAUGCUAGCGAGUCCAUGUGGUGGAAAAUAUAGACUGCUAACAAGUGCUUUUGCCCUACACGGCCCAGAUUCACUUGAAGCAGAAGUUAGCGUCCUGGGCCAGUUUGUUCUUUCAGAACCCAGAAUCUUUGGGGUGGUGUUAUUUGUCUGAUAAUGAGCAGAAACGAAAUGAUCCUGGAGCUUUGCUUUCUAUUGAAGGCUUUUAACAGUAAUAGGCAGUAACUUGGUGAAAGACUGCCUUUACUGUAACUCAUCCAGCAUCUCUUUUACCAACCAGAGAGUAUGAAACUAGUUUCGUAUAUGACCUAGUUAUUCUUUCAAAACAAAACAAAAAAA